CUGUAAUUGCUGGAAAGUCAAAAUCAGAGAACCAUGUGACCCCGACACCACAGUGAUAACUGUGAACUUAUAUAAAAAUGGCACAGUCAUGAUACAGGGAAAUCUGAAAACAUUCCAGACCGACUACAGCGCAAUAAUGAAACAAGAGAAAGCCCUAUUAUCUGAAUAUCUAUCAUCUGAGCAGAAUACACAGAGCAGUAGCCCAGAUCUCAAGCCCACCGCUGCAGAGAGCCCUGCCCAGGACCCCUUAUCCCCCCUGCUCAAAUCUAUACCUGUACUCCAGGAGCACUUCACAAGGCUGGAGAUGGAGAUGGUGCAGCUCAGAGAAACCGUACUCAAACAGGAGCAUCACACUGAACUCCAGCAAAACUCAGAGCACAUCACACAGAGACUGUCAGCCCUCACACAGCAAGUCAAAGGUUUACAGACAGAGAAGGACAGCUGUCAGAAAGAGCUGGCCACACUGAGACUCCAGCUACAGGACAGAGAGCAUCUCACACUAGAGAUGAGGCAGCAGCUUAGAGAGUUACAGGAGGAGAGAGAGCAGCAGCACAGUGAGAUCCAGGCCCUGAAAGAGCAGGUGAGAGAGCUGCUCCUGACCAGACAAGAACCAGAGCAGAUCCACAGAGCUCAAACACUGGCCUCCACCCCAGAGCCACCUGCCACAGUCAGCCAGCACCCAGAGAGACCCGACCCAGACCGCUCACAGUCAUCUCAGCGCCUCGUGUCAAGUGCCCCAGCACAACACCAACAGCACCCAUCUGACAGCACAGCACCAACCAGCUCAGAACAGCCAGAAAUAGCCCUGCUCAUUGAUUCAAAUGGGAAAUUCAUCGACAUAAAGAAACUCUUCCCCCGACACAGAGCUCUUAAACACUGGUGUCCCAACACUGACAAAGCCCUGGAGCUUCUGACAGAAUCUCAGCUGGGCCAUCCCAGCCACAUCAUCAUCCACACGGGCACCAAUGAUCUGCGAAGCCAACAGGACAGAGUGUCCGAUUCCCUCAGAGCUGUUGUGGAAAAAGCAAGACACACUUUCCCCAACUCAAAAAUCAUCCUCUCCACUCUGCUUCAGAGAAAAGACUUCCAUCCCAACACAAUCAGUAAGAUAAAUGCCAACAUCUCCAGACAUUGUGCCCUUGUGCCUAAUGUUUACUUGGCACACCACCCAGACCUGGACACCGACUUUCUGUACGAUCAUGUCCACCUAUAUAAAAAUCUGGUACAUAUCCUGGCAAAGAGACUUAAAGACGUCACUCUAAACAGGACCAACCAGACAAGCCCCAGGUGGAGCAGAACCAGCCCUAACCCAGCCACACCAGCGAGACACACCUCAAGAGACAGCAUCCCACCCAGCACUUCAUCUAGAGCCCCAUCCAGAGCUUCAGCGCCCAGAGAGGAGCCACACAGACAGACUCUACAAAAGCCCCACAGGUUCUUCCCUAAGAUCUGGAACCAGGGCCUCAUCAGCCCCAUUCACAAGAACGGAGACAAACUGGAGCCCAACAGCUACCAAGGCAUCUGUGUGAACAGUAACCUGGGGAAGAGGCGUGGAGUGCGACAGGGCUGCAGUUUAAGCCCCACCCUCUUCAACAUCUACAUCAAUCAAUUGGCCAAUGCUUUAGAACAUGCUCCCAUUCAAGGUCUCACUCUCCAUGACACAGAGAUAAAGUGUCUUCUUUAUGCAGACGACCUGGUUCUCCUGUCGCCCACUAAAGAAGGGCUUCAGGACAGCCUGAAUCUGCUGGAGGAUUACUGUCAGACCUGGGCCCUGACAGUCAACCUCCAAAAAACUAAAGUCAUGAUCUUCCAGAAACGCUCCAGAUCUCAGGGACUAACACACACAUUCACACUAUCACACAGAACCAUUGAAACCACAAAGACAUACACUUACCUCGGCCUAAAAAUUACUCCAACAGCCACAGGACCUGGGCACCUCACAGUCAUUGAGUCGACCAUGAACUCCUCUGUAUCCCAAAGUAUUCUAGAGUCAUGUGUGAGGCCAUCCGUCCGACAGCUAAAGCUGGGCCAAUACUGGGUCAUGCAACCGGACAAUGAUACCAAGCACACCAGCAAAUCUACAACACAACGGCUGAAAAAGAAAAGAAUCAAGGUGUUACAGCAGUCCAGUCAAAGUCCAGACCUCAUCCUGACUGAAAUGCUGUGGUGA